CCUAUGCCUUCAUGCAGCAGUACUCCAGCCCCCUUGCUGAUACCCUUAUAAGAAGGGCAUCAGCACUAUAGGCAUUAUUCUACUGAAGACAGCUCAGUAAGUUUUGUGCAAAAGUUACUGACAUCCCAAGAUGAAGGCCACUACAGUAACACUGCUUCUUCUUUUGAUUUCCGCAGUGAUCAUCAAUGGUAAGACUUGUUGAAUGCUAAUUCAUGCCUCCUCAGUUUCAGAUACCUUUUGUGGAGUUUCAUUGUAAGGAUUGGAAUGGAGUCCCGAUGAACAGGAGUCAGCGUUGUUCCUGCAGGGGGAAGCCUGUGAAUGUUGUGAGGUGUAGCAACAUUUCUGCCGUGGGUCUGUUCCCACCCAGUGCAUCCUGUGACAACCUUGAGAUUGUUGUGAAGCUGAAGAAGGGAGGCGGACCUAUAUGCCUGAAUCCUGCAUCAAGAAUGGGCAAGAAGGUCCUGUCUUCAAACCCGUCCCCCAACCAGUGGAAGAAUGUGCAAUGUGCAAGCUGAUGUUAGAAUCACAUCACUCAAGCAGAUCACACAUCAUUGCACACGACCCCACGCACUUCCUCAACCCAAGACUGAAGACACGUCUCCUACCAGCACACAGACACAGCUCGCUGGUCUGGAAACAAGCACGGAUAUACGGCAGGAGAAUUCUUCAUCCAGUCGUGCAUCUCUGUAGCAUCACUGAAUGAAACACUCGGACAACUUCUGUGUGUACGGAUGUAAUGUUAAUGUGUGUGUAGAGUAGUGAUUUGUGGCAUUGCGCUGGCUGUAUAUGUGAUGCCAUCUAUCUAACUAGGUCAACAUGUUUUAUUAAUCUUUUUGUGAACAACUUUUUAUUUAAUAUAAUAAAACAUGGGGUUUGGGAGGAGGGGGUAAGAUGGUUACAAACAGAGUAUUUAUAUAUUAUAUAUUGUUUACAUUUAUGUGACCAAAUAUUUUUAAUUGAACAUUUUAUUUAUUAUGAAUUUGUUUUGGUAUGAUUUUGUGCGCCUCAAUAAAUAUUGGCACUCCC